CGCCGCCGCCGCCGCCGCACAGGCCUCCGCCGCCCGCCAGCCCCCGCCGCGGCGCCUCGCAGCGCCGGCUCCGCACCCAGAGAGGCGCCCGGCGUCAGCGGACCUCCAUGUACGACAAUUUGUACCUGCAUGGGUUUGAAGACUCGGAGGCGGGCUCAGCAGAUUCGUACACAAGCAGACCCUCGGACUCUGAUGUCUCUUUGGAAGAAGACAGGGAAGCAAUCCGCCAAGAAAGAGAACAACAAGCAGCUAUACAGCUUGAAAGGGCGAAGUCCAAACCAGUAGCAUUUGCUGUUAAGACUAAUGUGAGUUACUGCGGAGCACUGGAUGAAGAUGUUCCUGUCCCAAGCACUGCCAUCUCUUUUGAUGCCAAGGACUUUCUACACAUUAAAGAGAAAUACAAUAACGACUGGUGGAUAGGAAGGCUGGUUAAAGAGGGCUGUGAGAUUGGCUUUAUUCCAAGCCCGCUUAGACUGGAGAAUAUCCGCAUUCAGCAGGAGCAGAAGAGAGGACGUUUCCAUGGAGGGAAAUCAAGUGGAAAUUCUUCUUCAAGUCUUGGAGAAAUGGUUUCUGGCACAUUUCGAGCCACACCCACUUCUACCGCAAAACAGAAACAAAAAGUGACAGAACAUGUUCCUCCAUAUGAUGUAGUACCAUCAAUGAGGCCUGUUGUCUUAGUGGGUCCGUCACUGAAAGGUUAUGAGGUGACAGACAUGAUGCAGAAAGCUCUCUUUGACUUCCUGAAGCACAGGUUUGAUGGGAGGAUAUCAAUAACUAGAGUGACAGCUGACAUUUCUCUUGCUAAGAGGUCUGUUCUAAAUAAUCCAAGCAAGAGGGCAAUAAUUGAGCGGUCAAAUACAAGAUCCAGUUUAGCUGAAGUACAGAGUGAAAUUGAAAGAAUCUUUGAGCUGGCGAGGUCCUUACAACUGGUUGUGCUAGAUGCAGACACGAUCAACCACCCUGCACAACUUAUCAAGACAUCUUUAGCACCAAUUAUUGUCCAUGUUAAAGUGUCUUCUCCAAAGGUUUUGCAGCGACUGAUUAAAUCUAGAGGAAAGUCACAAAGUAAACACUUGAAUGUUCAGUUGGUGGCAGCUGAUAAACUUGCACAAUGCCCACCAGAAAUGUUUGAUGUAAUUUUGGAUGAAAAUCAGCUUGAAGAUGCUUGUGAACACUUGGCAGAGUAUCUUGAGGCGUACUGGCGUGCUACUCACACCACCAGUAGCACACCUAUGACCCCUCUUCUUGGGCGAAAUUUAGGAUCCACUGCACUCUCACCGUAUCCUGCUGCAAUCUCUGGAUUACAGAGCCAGCGUAUGAGACACAGCAACCAUUCUACAGAGAACUCUCCAAUUGAACGGCGAAGUCUGAUGACCUCAGAUGAAAAUUACCACAAUGAAAGGGCUCGGAAGAGCAGGAACCGCUUGUCUUCCAGUUCCCAACACAGCCGAGAUCACUAUCCUCUAGUGGAAGAAGAAUACUCUGACUCAUACCAGGACACUUACAAACCCCACAGGACCCGAGGAUCCCCUGGAGGAUAUAGCCAUGAUUCACGACACAGGCUUUGAGUUAAGAACCUGGGGAAAAAUAGUAUUCAUCAGUUGAUAACUUGCCAUAACGUAGCUAGGAAAAAUAAAUCAUCUUAAUUUGGCAGAGGUAACAUCGUUAUACUGAAGUUACACUCUGCUGUCAUUUGAUGUUAAGUAGGGGGCAAAAAAAGUUACCAUGCCCUUAUGUUUAUGCCCAACCAUAUAGGUUGUUUUUUGUUAUUUUUGUUGGGUUUUUUUAGUACAUUUGCAUUUAUAGCCAUACCUUUUUCUCAUCGUUAGAUAUUAGACUCGUCAGUUUGUAAUUUAGGGUACUUAUCAAGGCACUUAUAAAAUAAUUUCCUGUGCUGGAAAUUCCAAAUGACCAGUUCCAGUUGGAACCAAUUUAUAAACCAAUUCCUGUUGGAAUUUGGGUGAAUUGACUGGAAAGUCGACUUGAGCAUGUUGCAAUCAAUUGAAAAAAAUGCAAAUGAAAAAUCUGAAAAUUACAGACCACUAGAAGCCAGAAAAUCAGCUACAGUAUUUGUUUGCUGGAAGCUAAAUUUAUACUUAAAGUUAGAAUACAGGCAUUUUUUUCUAACCACGUAUUUCCAGAAUGGCUUUUUCGGACAAACCAGACAUAAACUGUCUGUAGUGCCAAAUAUCACAAAUUAAUGCAGCGGUUACAAAUUAUUUUCCUGUUUGAAAUUAUUUUUAAAUCUGGCGUGAAUGUUGCAGCAGAGUGAUUUUUUUAGUUUAGCCAGUACUGACAUUUUUGUUGUGGUCAGCGGUGAUGAGCUAUGACAGGAUAAGGGGAAAUAGAAACAGGAAAACGAACAAACUCAAGAAUAUUCUUUAGUUUGUAUGAUUAAAGUUGGAGAAUAGUCAUUUCUUUCUCUUGUUUACCAGAAUACAGCUAGUAGUCCCAAAAUAGAACAUCAGUGUAUAGAUAUGUAAUAUUUUUUCCCAUUUUUAAUAUUCUGCCUUUUUAAAUGGAAAACAGUACACUCUCCUUACCUAGUGUGUAGAGUACCUACAUUCCAGUACAUCUGAAUACCUAUAUGUUACAUCUUUCAAAAUCCAUCUUUGAAUGUCUGCAAAUUCCAGCAUCGCACAAGAAUUCUCCAGAAGAACAUCAGUUUAAAUUUGAGUGAUGAAAUCUAAGGGGGGGGGGGGGGGUGUUAAACAUUCAGAAAUGAUGAAAAUUCAGAGUAACAUGUUGAUCAGAAUUAGCUUGCAAUAAAAAUAAGAGUAUCAAAAAAUAACCUUGCUCACAGUAACAUUGUAGAGCUGUCAUUUUUAGUUCAAAGAACUAUGAUAACUCUUUGGAGAUGUUGCUGCCUUACUUCCUUACAAAAACUUCUUUUCACCUACUGAGUCUUUCAGUUUUUUUUAAAUAGAUAAAUUUAUGUAAUUAGACCUUAUGUCUUACAUUAUCAGUGAAGCCUUAGAUCCAGUAUGAUUGAAAUAAUUACCGUAAUUGACCAUUUUAUACAACCCACUGAUGUAUUUAAGCAGAGACUCCUAAAAUUCCACACUGCAUGCAUUUUCUAAAAUUGACCAAACUGUGCUGAACAUGCAUUUUUUUAUGCAGGUUCAUGUCAAAACUAUUUUUUUUUUUUUUGAAAUGAGGAUUGAUAAUUUUUAUAUUUGCUUAUUUUCUUCCCAAAGCCUGCUAAAGUAGGCUCUAGAAGCAUGUAGCAGUAAAUGCAGUUCCUGAGUAUUAUGAGGUCUUUUACUUUCUGGACCAAUUUGCAAAGAUCACUGAUAUUUUCUACCACCAUUGAGCCUGGUAAUCUUCUUGAUGUUAACAACUAGAAAAGUAAUUCAUCUCAUAUGUGGUACAGCCAAAAAUAAUGUACAUCUCUAGCAGCAUUAGAAGAUAGUGGACGCACGAUUAGCUUUUUGAACAACUUUACUGCCUAAAAGAAGGCCUUAAACAUCACUAGAUGAUUGAAACGAGCCAGUUACCAGGAUCAAAAAUGUAACAUAUCUGCAUCCAUUGCAGUAACAGUUAAGAGUGGAUAUGAAAGACCUGAUCCUGUUUGGUUUUCUCAGGCUGAAUUCUUGCUGAUUCCAAAGAGCAUUUAGUUUGAGAAAGCAUCGCAAGAUCUGGUCUGCGAAUGGUAGCUUAAGCUGUCUUCUCUAAUACUUUCUGCUAUAGCACAGUGGAGCAUUCUCCAGUAAUUUUUACAAAUAUUUGUUACAUGUACAGCACACAUACCUGCAUGAGAAGGAAGGCAUUAGGCAAAACAUUUUUUCUAUAAGCUUUAAUAAGUUUCUUGUUUGUGUGCAUUAAAGUAUUAAUUGCAAAGGAUGCACUGAGAUGUAUAAACCUAGAUUAGACAGCUGUUUAUCUUUAUUCUGUAGUAGCAUUAGGGAUCAGAUCAUUAACUGCUUGAAGAUAUUUGCAUUUUAAUGGCAGGUAGCUGCAAAGCACCUACAUAUAUUUUCUAGUAAACAAGGUUACUGCUUUAUCAUUUCCUCGACAAAAAUGUCAUUUAUUCCUAGAGCCUUUUGGAGCCUUGUUUUGAAGUCUUCCAUGUCAUGCUAGUAAAGGGAAAGAUCUACAUAACACAUAUGCACAAAUUCCAUCAACAGCAGUAUCUGAAGUGCCAAAACUACUUUGUUCUAAUAAAAACAAGCUUUUGAGGGAAGUCAUGUAUUGUCUUGAAAGAACACGUUGAGUUCCUUUGUUGUGUGGGUUUAAGUUUACUUUACAAUUGUAUGUAAUUAGUUUACCCUCUUCUCCCCCACACCCAUUCCAUUUUAAUAUAAGCAAUCAGUUAUAAAAGAUCCAGCAGAACUCCUUGCUUGGUGUUUUUUUUAUUCUUUGAAGAUAGUUAUAUCUUUAAGUACAAAUAUACCGAACGUGCUAAUAGAUUAUUAAUUUAUUCUAGAUACAAGCUAUUGGAACUCUUUCAUUUUAAAAAUAAAUUAUUUUUAGGAAACACAGUAAUCAAUAAAAGUUGCAAUGUUGAUCAAGACAUGUAAACUCAUAGUAUUUGUAUUAGACCUUCAGCAAUGCUAGCCAGCUGUGUUGUGAUUUAUUAUGCGAUGGCGUUAUAUAAAAUUGUGAAGUUCAUGUAUUCCUGAAUGAAUACGAAUAAGACUAAUUUUCUAUUCCUCAUGCCAUUUCUUCUUGUUGUUAUAAUAUUAUUACAGCAAAGAUCAGAGUUCUGUUCCUAAGCUGUGGCUUAUACAGAGGAUUUUAGAAACGUUUCUAAAAUGUUGAUGAGUUUUUGCUAUCUGAGUUUUUCAUUAGGACACUUUGGGAUUAAUGCUGAUUUACUCAAUAAAGGUGACAUGACAAUCUUAA